AUGUGGAGCCCCAGCAGAUGUGCAGGGUUCCGGCUGACUCUGAAGCCUCUCUGUGUGCUUGUAGUUAAAAUCCCCACUCGGAGGACGUACAUCGACCCAGAGACCUGCGACGACCUGCUGCAGGCCGUGCACGCCUUCGCCAAGGAGCUGGACAACCAGAGCGUCAAGAUAGAGAGGAUAGUCCACACAGGUGACUUUGGGGAGGUGUGUCGCGGCUGCCUGAAGCUGCCCAGUAAGAGAGAGCUGCCGGUGGCCAUCAAGACGCUGCGGGCCGGCUGCUCCGACAAGCAGCGCCGCCACUUCCUGAGCGAGGCCGGCAUCCUGGGCCAGUUUGACCACGCCAACAUUGUCCGGCUGGAGGGCGUCAUCACCACCGGCAACACGAUGAUGAUCAUAGGCCAGCUGAGCGUGAUGCAGCUGAUGGACAUGCUGACCGGGGUGGCGUCCGGCAUGAAGUACCUCACUGACAUGGGCUUUGUGCACAAACGGCUGGCAGCACACAAGGUGUUGGUGAACUCCAACCUGAGCUGCAAGGUGUCUGGCUUCAGACCUCUCCAGGAGGACAAGAUCGAGGCCGUUUACUCCACCCUGCACGCAGGGAAGAGUGUGGUUCUGUGGACCGCCCCCGAGGCCAUCCAGUACCACCGCUUCUCCUCGGCCUCCGACGUCUGGAGCUUCGGCAUCGUCAUGUGGGAGGUCAUGUCCUUCGGAGAGAGGCCCUACUGGGACAUGGGCAACCAGGAUGAGAUUGUAUUUCUUAGAGUGGCCCAGGCGGCAGAUUUAUCACUGAGAGGAUCUGUUGUGAGCUGCCGGGGCCAGAGGCCUCUGAUGUGUUGGUUUGAUGUGGUAGUAAAGGACUCUCAGGAGGUCUACCGGUUGGACUUGGUCUUCCCGGUUGGACUCAUCCCUGCAGGUCCUGCCUCUGUCACUGAUGGGCGCUGUGUGCAGGUGAUAAAGGCCAUCGAGGACGGCUUCAGGCUGCCGGCUCCAGUCAACUGUCCUCCACACCUCCACCAGCUGAUGCUGGACUGCUGGCAGAAGGACCGAGCAGAGCGGCCCAGCUUCAGCCAGAUCCACUCCGCCCUCAGUAAGAGCAUCCGCUCCCCGGACGGCAUCGGCUCGUCCACGCUGGCGCGCAGAACCCUGAGCUCCUCCAUCACGCUGGCAGAGCGGCCCCUGCCCAGUUUCCCGGCCUUCAGCUCUGUGGGCGAGUGGCUGGACGCCGUGGACAUGGGCCGCUACAAGGACAACUUCACAGCCGCCGGGUACUGCUACCUGGAGUCUGUGGCCCGCAUGACCGUCCAGUAAGUGGCUCCUGACCCCCCCUGACUCUCCCUCUGGGCCCGGCUGGACUCCAGCCGAGUCCAGAGUUGGACUUGAUCCACUGCCUGAGCGGCCCCCAGAGGCUUCUCCACCCUCAGAGGCUCCUCCAUCCUCAGAGGCUCCUCCACCCUGAGCCGGUCCAUUAGAGGCUCCUCCAACCUCAGAAUCUCCUCCACUGGAGACGGCCCCUCAGAGACUCCUCAACCCUGAGAUGGCCCCUCAGAGGCUCCUCCACCCUCCACCCAUCCGGGCGUCAUGUGACCCUAGUCCCUGUCAUGUGACCCUGGUCCAUCUGCACUGUGACCCCCCCA